UACUGUAGUGUGGUUGGUGCUUGACGCAUGUGUGUUGGUCACCCAUAUAACCUCACAGCCAGUGACAAGCCGGUCUUCAGUUAUUCAGCACAUUCAGGAGAUGAAGUUGGCGCCGUUGUGCGUGUUGGUGGCGGCUGUGGCGGGGGUCGCCGCGGGGGAGUUGGCGCCCCCUGAGAGAGCCUACAAGAUCCUCAUGCUCCUCCCCGUCUCAUCCACGAGCCACAGGAAUGUCUUCAUGCCUCUCGCUGAGGCUCUGGCCGACCGUGGACACGAGAUUGUGAUGUUGACCAACCGUCCGAAAUCGUCCAAUCACCCCAACAUCCAUGAGGUCACUCACGGUGUUUCACACUUUAAAGAAGACAAAGUAAACAUGUUUGAUUACUUGAAGGACCCGACAGGAUCCUUUCAGAUGUUUGUGGACAUGCUUCCAGCAAUUGCUAGAGAUUUUUACAAAGACACUCUGGUCAAGGAGCUUUAUGAGAGGAGGAAGUCGUUUGAUCUUUUUAUAGUAGAUCAUGCAUUCAAUGAGGUGAGAACUUCUCAUUUAUCUUGUGAGUAAGGAAAAGAGCCAUUC